UCGGAAUCUUCAUCGAGGCAAUCAUGUUGAAGUUUACUGCGAUCGCUGCUUUCCUAAUUGUAUUCGCCUCAUGCCUUCCAUCUUUGGCUUACGCAAAUGGCCCAUCUUCAUGCCCCGAACCAUGGAUCGAAUGGGAGGGCUUCUGCUAUCUCCUUAACGAUCACCCAUCCACAUGGCAAUUGGCCCAAUCCCAGUGCAUCUCCAAUGGUGGUGGCAUGGUCACCCUCAGCUCAAGGAGACAGCUUCAUUUCUUGAGUCGCCUCGUGGAAGCUCUAUCGACCAAGCCCACUGCCACGCCCAUCACAAACCUCUGGCUCGGAUGUAAGAGGGAGCGAAACCAGCCUCUCUGGUAUUGUCUCGACGGGAAACCUCUUUAUGACGUUUGGGGAGAAAAUGAACCUCAUAUUGAUGGUUCUACAUCACCUGCUGGAGUUGUCUUGAAUGCUCGAGAAGGAAAGAUGUUUGAUUCUAAUCCUGUAGAAUCCUACUACUCAGUGUGUCACAAACUGAUAGUACCCGGAUCGUCAUCGAAAUCGAUCUCGCUUCGCUUUCACCGGGUCUUCCAGAACUUCAUCUUAAAGGGGCACUCUAUCCAUGUAACGUCACAUCCCUAUAGUAUCCCAGCAUGCAGCGCGCUCUGCCUAGAUACAACGGAAUGUGUAUCGAUCAACAUCCGAGCUGAUAGAACGUGCGAAUUAAACUCAAUGGAUUGGAGACUCGCAGAAAAUGGUGUGAUUGAGAGGGAACUCGGCGCCCAGUAUUUUGAACCAAUUUAUCACACAUAGCCUGACAUUUCUAUGAA